AAGCAUGUUGCGCUCAACAAAUGCAAUGAUCAUGGGCGUAUCCAAUGUCGAUUGCUAAUAAAUCGGAGCCUGGCAAAGUUGUUUAAACUUUGUAAAUGUAAGCACUGUCUUACACAAUAUAUGGCGAGUGGUAGCAGAUUCUGUGUUCUGGUUACUGUGCUUUGCUGCACAUGGAGUUUUUCAGUGAGAGGAGAUAGUCCUAGCCAAACCCAAUUUGGAAGGAAAUCUUUCCCUUCGGACUUUGUAUUUGGACUUGGAUCUGCUCCCUAUCAGUAUGAAGGGGCAGCUAAAGAGGAUGGAAGGGGGAUAAGUAUUUGGGAUACAUUUUCACACACUCCAGGCAAAAUUGCUGAUGGCAGCAAUGGUGAUGUUGCCAACGAUCAGUACCACCGUUAUAAGGAGGACAUCAAACUUUUGGUUGAUUUGGGAGUUAAGUCGUAUAGAUUUUCCAUUGCCUGGCCUCGCAUCUAUCCAAAGGGAAGAGGGAUUGUGAAUAGAAAGGGUAUAAUCCAUUACAACAAUCUAAUCGAUGAGCUUCUGAAAAAUGGUAUAGAGCCAUUGGUUACAAUAUUCCAUUGGGAUCUUCCACAGGUUCUUCAGGAUGAAUACGGGGGUUUCCUGAGUGAAAAGAUUGUGAAAGAUUUUGUAGCGUAUGCUGACACAUGCUUUGAAGCCUUUGGCGAUCGAGUGAAGAAAUGGGUAACGUUAAACGAGCCGCUAUCUAUUGUUUUGCAAGGAUAUAACACUGGAAACUAUGCACCUGGCCGGUGCUCCAAGUCAAUUGCAAAUUGCACAGAAGGAGAUUCAGCUACGGAACCCUAUAUAGUUGCUCAUAAUUUUCUUCUUUCACAUGCCGCAGCUGUCAAACUAUACAGGGACAAAUAUCAGAAAAAGCAGAAGGGCUCGAUAGGCAUCUCGCUGAUUACUCCCUGGUUUAUUCCAUACACCAACUCUUUGAGCGACCAGAAAGCUACUCGACGGAUUCUUGAUUUCUACUUUGGCUGGUUCAUGGACCCUAUUACAAGUGGUGAUUAUCCAACUACAAUGAGAUCUUAUGUGGGCACUCGACUGCCUCAUUUCACCUUACAACAGUCAAAACUGUUAAAGGGUUCAUUUGAUUUUGUGGGCAUCAACUAUUAUACAGCCUAUUAUGCUCUUAACAACAACGCUACACCCAAUGCCACGCCUACCGAUUUUACUGCUGAUUAUCGAGUGAAUUUCACCGGUGUUAAGAACGGCAUUCUCAUUGGAGCCCAGGCGGGAUCAAGUUGGCUUUACGUGUAUCCACGGGGGAUAAGAGCAUUACUAAACUUCAUCAAAGUACGAUACGGCAACCCACCUAUUUACAUCACAGAAAACGGUGUAGAUGAAAAAACUAAUGCAAGCAAGCCUUUGAAGGAGUCUUUGAAUGAUACCUGGCGUAUUGAGUCUACUUCCAAGCAUCUCUUAAACCUUUUCCUAGCACUAAGGGAUGGAUGUAAUGUGUUGGGAUAUUAUGGAUGGACUUUUCUGGAUGAUUUUGAAUGGGACAGCGGAUAUUCAUUGAGAUUUGGUUUCUAUUUUGUGGACCGUCUUCAUAAUUUCACAAGAUAUCCAAAGGCGUCGGCUUACUGGUUAAAGGAUUUUCUGCAUCACUAGUAAGUCGUGAUCAAAAUACAGGGUCCAUAACUAUCUGAACUAUAUUUUUAUUGCCAUGACCAACAAUGAAUUUUAUAUAUAUAUAUUUCUCCAGCAUUAGUAGGUCCGUAUCUGAACUAUAUUAUUAUUGGCAUGACCAACAAUAAAUUUUAAAUAUAUUUAUGGUUUCUUUUAUUUUA